AAGGAUUUGAAGACAUGGCAACAGUUGUCAUGACGACCGUGAUACACUCCACGGCUUCUGGUGUGACAAAUGAAGGAUGUCAACGUAUUCCAGGAAAAGCAGCACCCCUGACUCAAACAUGAAAGCAGCUUGCAGCACAGAAACAUCCAUUAAGAAAACACCUAUGUUGGAAAUAUCCCGUGCAACUGAGCUCCCAGAAAGCACCCUCUGCGUGGCGUGCUCUGCAGACGGCAGGUUCCUCGGCCUGGGUCACUCCCGGGGUUUCUCUGUGUGGUGUGCUUCUUCUCUGCUCUGUGCUGCAGAGUGGCUGCAGGACGGGCUGGAAAUGACUUAUAUUCAAAUCACCAGAAUGGCUGAGAAAGCCUAUCUGCUUGGCACAGUUGACGAUAUGGGUGUUGCCAGAGUCUUUGCAUAUCACUGUGAGAGCAUUCACCUCCUCAGCGUUAUUAACACCAUGGAAAAUAUCAACAAAAGGAGCAUUUGCUUGACAUUUGAACUGUCUGAAGGGGGACAUUAUGGAGCGGCGUCAAUCAGCUGUAACAGUGAUGUUUGGCUCGAGGUCUAUCACUUCCCCUCAGACGCUUGGCUCAAAGAGUUGGAGAUGGAACCAUCACAAAAUCAGGACCCUGACUCAUCUGCAGAUGUGGAAGUGAAAUGGUCUCCACUUGCAGCGGUGAUUAAAAUCCAGCCACCCAAGACUCCUGCAGGGACAGAACUGGAUGGUCCACUCCAGGUGUUGCAGAAGAACGACUUUUUGACACACUGUCUGGCUCUGGACAAAGACAUGGGCAGCAGUCAAUGGGAUGAACAGCCUUUUGAUAAAGAAGCAGGAAAAAUAAACGAAAGCCUAAGACUUUGCACCCAUCACUUUCUCCUGCCUUGUGGUCAGCUUCCUGGUGACAGUCAUGCAAAGGAUCAGCCAGCAUUGCCUGUUUCUGUCUGUGUGUGGUGGAGUAGCAGCCAUAAUCUUUUUCAUUAUUUGCUACGAAAGUCACCAAAGAACAAAACGGAUGUGGAACCCAUGCUAGAUGUGUUGUGGCCAAACGCAAAGGAAAUCCUCUGCUCUGCUGUUAGUCGAUGCACACGUUUCAUUGCUCUUGGGCUCGACGAUGCUUUGGUGUGUGUGUGGGACAGGCAGUCUGGGUCUCCUUUGUCUGUUGUCCCAGUGUCCGCAGCAGACAGUGCUUUCUCCAGGAUGCAGUUUGUGGAUGUCCGGCCUGAGUCUGCUGAUGAUUCCCAAACUGCUGCAACAGUCUGCCUUUCAGUGUUGUGUAAAAGUGGAACGGUUCAUGCAGUCACUUCAGGACGAGGGGCUCCAUCCUGCACAGCGCAGCUCAAUGAAAGGCCAAAAGACAGCGGAGACAUCCCAACUGUCAUUGCACCAGUGCCGUUCCUGCAGAGUAUGACGCUUGUGGUGCAAAGAAAUGGAAACAUGUUCCUCCAAGAUGUCCUCAACAAAACCAAAGUGUGCUUCUUAAAUCCUCCCAAGACUUUUCAGAUUUCCACUCCCUGCAGUCCUGUUUAUGCUCUGAACACUAAACUGCAGACUCUGGUCAUACAAGGGGAGCAGGAGUCCAGCUGCAGCGCAGGGAGACAGAGCCAGCUGUUCAGCUUCACUUUUGGAGAGCAUGGCAUCAUGGAGCAGUAUAUCAUUUCUCAUCCAGACUCUCAGAGACAAAACACACUGGAGGAAGCCUGCAAUAUCUACCUCCUGCAAAGAGCGCUGUCUGUGGAUGAAAGGAGCAAAGCUAUAGCCCACACAUGGAAGCAGCUGCAGGACACAGCUGAGCUGGAGCAACAGAGACACAGCUGAGCUGGAGCAACAGAGACACAGCUGAGCUGGAGCAACAGAGACACAGCCGAGCGGCAGCCAGCUGAGGGGCAGCAGCACAUGUUGUUUUGCUCUGAGGUACUAUUGUUGAUGUAUUCCAUUGAAGAGCUCCUUCUGAAUGCACCCUGCAAGAAUGUUCAUUAGAGACUGUUAUCUCACAGGUCCAAAUGAUAUUUCCAAUAUAACCAUUUUUAUGCAAGAAUCACCAAACAUAUUUGAGGCACUGACCCUUAAUCAGUUUAACUGUACAAAAAGGACAUUGUUUUUUUAUGUUGAAUUAGUUGUUAUAUCUGUGGUGCUGGAAGGCCUUCUCUGAUAUUUUACACAAAACGAUGAGUGUAUUUGGAGUGAUUAUGUCCCCUUUGGGUCCUUGAAUGUCUCAUAGGCCAAGUUUUAUUUAAUGACAGGACACAAAAAACAAAACAGGGUGCAAGAAUUAUUGAAGUGCAUUUAGAAUGUUAUAGUCUGUCCCAUAACAGUCACUGAAAAUAUGUUUGCGAGCUAAAUGUUGUCUAUUUGUAUUGAGUACCAUAGAGUAACAGCUAAUUGGUAUGUGAGAGGGACUCACAGAGUCAGAAGAUCAAAACAAAUCAGAGAGGAUAUUGUUCUUCUGAAACCAAUCAGCAAUAUGCAGCUGUUGAAUCAUUCAUGAUUUUCUCUCUUUAUUAGUUCAGAUUGGCAGCAGAUCAAUCUUUUGAAUCCUUGAGCUACAAUGGACAGGUGGUGUUCAUUUGACAGAGAGAUUCUUCGGAUGGCAUCUCCCUUAUCGUUUGCAUACAAAUACUUUCAUUGUUGCAUCGUUGGUGCUGCAUCUUCAGCGCAUCAGAUCGGACUCUGUGAAAAGGAACUGCUGCGGAAAACAGAUUUGAAUAUGUGCUCAAAAGCCUCAUUAUACAUGAAAUAGAAUAAUGUACUGAGGGUGACAGCAAAGGGCCCAAAUAUCAUUGAUAGCGUAAUAAAAGUGCAGGUGCUCUAUUCAAGAUAUCCACAUUUGUACCAGGGGAAAAACAAUUAGACGGUAUAACAAUGCAGCAAGAGCCUCUUAACGAAACAGAGGCUUAACUGUCAUUGCUGUCUUUUUGCUGUUGGUUUUGUGCUUUUUGUCAUUUCCUUGCGACAUUGAUGCUUUACCAACAUUUACUGUUAUGCAAAAAAAUAAAAAACAAACCUGCUGUUGUCAUUCCCAGCUCCCAAUCCCCUCUCUUUUGCCUUCCCUACAAACGUCCAAUUAACUGCAGCGAUGGCCUCUUUAGGCAUUUGCUCUCAUUAGUACAAAAGUAAAACAAAACAGAAUUGAUAACAAUAACAGAGAAUCCCAUAUCAGAAAAGUAUCUUCCUCUGAAGCUAAAUGUCAAACUGUUGAACUUAUUUUAUUUCUUAAAGAUGAUUAAAUGUUGAAACAAUUAAAUGAAUUUGAUAAAACCAGCUGUGUAGUUGCAAUUACAAUUUUUGAUGUCUAAGGUCAUGUUUUAAAUAUGGAUUACUUUUCAGAUCCUGGUGGCAAACAAU